AUGAGUGAAGAAUUUUAUGAAAGUGAAAAUGUCGAAAGUGAAAAUGAUGAAAGUGUCUCAAUUCGAACAAAAUCCACACCCGUGUCUUCAAUAUACAUAGCUCAAGUGCCUAAAGUGUCUUUAGCUCGUGAUGGGUUUGGUAUUUUAAGACAUCCAACAACUGGACAUCUUCAGGGCAUCGUAAGACGCUACACUUGGUCAAAUGCAAAUGGUGUUCUUGUACAAGUUAUUGACUACGGAGCUACAAUAGUUAGUAUUAAAACACCUGACAAAUAUGGUGUACUUGAAGAUAUUGUCUUAGGUUUUGAUACAUUAGAAGACUAUAUGUCUAAUAAGAAUCCUUACUUUGGAGCAGUCAUUGGCCGUGUGGCAAAUCGUAUUGGUAAAAGCCUUUUGAAUAUAGACAAUCAGGAAUAUAAAUUGGAUGCAAAUGCUGGUAAUGAUCACUUGCAUGGUGGAUUCAAAGGAUUUGACAAAGUUUUGUGGCGCAGUCAGAUUGUUGGCAACAAAGUUGUUAUGACCCAUUUGUCUAAAAAUAACUCAGGAGGUUAUCCAGGUAACUUAUUGGCUACGGUUACGUUUGAGUUGAAACCAAAUGAUGAGUUUAGUAUAAAUUUCCAAGCUACUUGUGAUCAGCCAACACCUAUAAACUUGACAAACCAUUCAUAUUUUAAUCUAGCUGGUCAUGGUGCAGGUUUCAAGGAAUUAUAUGCACAUCUGGUGACUUUGAACAGUGAUAAAUACACUGGCGUCGAUGUCAAUAGUGUGCCUACUGGUAAAUUUAAAUUUGUUGAAGGUACUGCAUAUGAUUUCAGAGUUCCACGUGGUCUUGGAGUUAUGCUAAAGCAUGUGCCUGGUGGUGGUUUUAAUAUUAAUUAUUGUGUGAACAAAGCCAGUAUGCAAACAAUGAGGUUUGUUGCACGAGCUUUGCAUCCACAAUCAGGUCGUAUUUUAGAAGUUUACAGUGAUCAACCCGGUGUACAAUUUCACACAGCAAACGAGAUGCCAAAUCCUGGUCACCAAAUAAUACCUUUUGAUGUCUACGAAGAUCCUUUGGUGCUACAAGCUGUUGUAUACCAGACAGAAAAUCCACGCGAUUGUGUUAUGGACCAGGAACAGUUUUUCAUGCUUGAUGAUGAAUUUGAAGCUUUGGAGUUCCAAGAUGAUGCAAAGAAAAAUGAUGUCAAAGCUGUGGAGGAUGAUUUGAUUUCAGGCGAAGCAUCUGUAAAAGAUCGCGAUGAGUCUGUUGAGGAUGAAGGAUUUGUUGAAGACACAGUUGUAGAUGAGGAAGAGGAUCAAACAAUAGAAGAUGAAGAACUUGCUAAAGACAGUAUAGUGUCAUCUCCAGCUGAGGAAAAAAUAACGCCGAUUAAAGAUAGUGAUAAGCAAGAGCAUAUAUGUUGUCAGCCUGAAUGUUUUUGCACGUUUGACAUGGAAUGUGAUAAAUCAGAACCAGCAGCAUCUGAAACGCCUGUGAAAGCAGAUGUUGCUUCUAAUGCAGAAUCUGAUAAUGAAGAAACCAAAUAUGUUCUAGAUACAAAAUCAGCAACAACAUCAGAAGAGAAUGAGACUGUUGAUGAAAUUAUCGGUUCACCAAAACCUAGUGCACAAUCUAUUAGUAUUGCACAAAGUUCACCAGUUCAAGAAUCAGUACAUGAAGUAAGUAAAAAAUCCACAGAAAGCAGUGACAGUACCACUGACAUGAGACAAAGUAUAACCGAAGUCGUACCUGAACCACCAAAAAUAUACAAAAACUGUGAUGAACAUGAUGUCGAUAUUAUCGAAAUGGAGAUGCCAACUUAUGGACCGACAACUAAAAACGUACUUGGCAUUUACAAAGAUGAGAUCCGUGGAAAAAUGGGUGCCAGGUAUAGAAGACAUGGUGCUUUGAGUUUUCAAACGCAAAAUUAUCCUGAUGCCAUGAAUCACACUAAUUUUCCUGGGUGCAUUUUAAAUCCUGGAGAAAUUUAUAGACAUAAAAUAAUAUACAAGUUUAGGGUGCAAUCAAUUUUUGAUAAAAAAAUAUAUUGUAACGUCUUUCAGCAAACUUAA